GCCGGGCGGACCGAUCAGCCCUGGCGAGCGCGCAGGUCGGACCUGUCCGGACACAGCGCUCGCCCGCGGUGGCGCGAUCACCGGCGCCGGUCCGCGGCCACGGCGCCCGCCCGCGCCCGCGCCCCAUGGGGUCACAGAGUCUAUAGAAGAGGCAACAGCAAGACUUCCAGAUGAACAACCGAAAGGAAGAUAUGGAAAUCACGUCCCAUUACCGGCACCUGCUUCGAGAGCUCAAUGAGCAGAGGCAACACGGUGUGCUGUGUGACGUGUGUGUCGUGGUAGAGGGCAAGGUCUUCAAGGCACAUAAGAACGUCCUGCUCGGGAGCAGCCGCUAUUUCAAGACGCUCUACUGCCAGGUGCAGAAGACAUCUGAGCAGGCCACGGUCACCCACCUGGACAUUGUAACAGCCCAGGGCUUCAAGGCCAUUAUAGAUUUCAUGUACUCUGCUCACCUGGCCCUCACCAGCAGGAAUGUCAUCGAGGUGAUGUCUGCCGCCAGCUUCCUGCAAAUGACGGACAUCGUGCAGGCUUGCCACGACUUCAUCAAGGCCGCACUGGACAUUAGCAUCAAGUCGGAUGCCUCGGACGAGCUCUCAGAGUUCGAAAUUGGCGCCCCAGCUAGCAGCAGCACAGAAGCCCUGAUCUCAGCCGUGAUGGCUGGGAGGAGCAUCUCCCCGUGGCUGGCUCGGCGAACAAGUCCGGCCAAUUCUUCUGGAGACUCUGCCAUUGCCAGUUGUCACGAAGGAGGGAGCAGCUAUGGGAAGGAGGACCAGGAGCCCAAGGCCGACGGCCCUGAUGAUGUUUCUUUGCAGUCUCUGUGGCCUGGAGAUGUGGGCUACGGGUCUCUGCGUGUCAAGGAAGAGCAGAUUUCACCAUCUCAUUACGGAGGGGGCGAGCUGCCUUCCACCAAGGACAGUGCAAUACAGAACUCUUUCUCGGAGCAGGGUGCUGGGGAUGGCUGGCAGCCUACGGGCCGGAGGAAGAAUCGGAAAAACAAAGAGACUGUCCGACACAUCACACAGCAGGUGGAGGAUGAUAGCCGGGCCAGCUCCCCAGUGCCCUCCUUCCUUCCUUCAGGAUGGCCGUUCAGCAGCCGAGACUCAAAUGCAGACCUGACUGUCACAGAGGCCAGCGGCUCGGACAGCCGAGGGGAGAGGGCCGAGCUCUAUGCACACGUUGAUGAGGGUCUCCUGGGAGGAGAAGCCAGCUACCUGGGUCCACCACUCACCCCUGAGAAGGACGAGGCUCUGCACCAGGCUACCGCAGUGGCCAACCUGCGUGCAGCACUCAUGAGUAAGAACAGCCUGCUGUCCCUCAAGGCCGACAUGCUUGGGGAUGAAGGCUCCCUGCUGUUCGAGUACCUGCCCAAAGGUGCCCACUCACUGUCUCUGAACGAAUUCACGGUGAUCAGGAAGAAGUUCAAGUGCCCGUACUGCAGCUUUUCGGCCAUGCACCAGUGCAUUCUCAAGCGGCAUAUGCGCUCGCAUACCGGGGAGCGGCCCUACCCCUGCGAGAUCUGCGGGAAGAAGUUCACCCGGCGGGAGCACAUGAAGCGACACACGUUGGUCCACAGCAAGGACAAGAAGUACGUGUGCAAGGUGUGCAGCCGUGUGUUUAUGUCUGCAGCCAGCGUGGGCAUCAAGCAUGGCUCGCGGCGCCAUGGCGUGUGUACCGACUGUGCUGGCCGGGGCGUGGCCACGCCACUGGACCACGGUGGCGGCGGCGAGGGCUCCCCGGAGGCGCUGUUUGGUGGCGAAGGGCCCUACCUGGAGGACCCUGACGACCCGCGAGGGGAGGGCGAGGAGGAGCUGGGGGAGGACGAGGAUGAGGACGUGGCCAAGUGGAAGGACGACGUGGGCCUGGCGCACGAGGACGCGCUGCUGGGGGACGACAAGGACGACGAGGACUCGCCGCAGGGGCCCCGCAGCCCCUCUGGAGAGCCCGACAAGGACUUCGCCUGGAUUUCCUAGGAGCCCAGCCCCGGAGGGCGGGUUGGGGUGGUGGCUGCAUCGCUUCGUCCACCUGUGUGUGCACCUGUCUUGUGGGUCUUCACUCGCCCACCCCGGGGCAGGGCUUCUGUAGCCUCUCCUCUGGGUCGGGUCCUCCUCUGUGUCCCACCCCAUCCCCUGCAAAAAUCGGUCCUGUGGGCUAAGAAGCAAGAGGGACCCCAGCGAGGGGGGAGCAGGGUGGGUUUGGGCAAAGGGAGAGUGCACGCUCCUACCUGUCCAGGUGAGUGCAAGCGGGUGGGAGGGACCGUGCAUGCGCCUGGGCACGCCCCGAGGGCAUCAAAAGAGCCCUCGGCUGCCUGCUGGGUUAGGGAUGCAAGAUGGCUCGAUGGCCAGCACUGGUCAGGGUCAUAAGUGUGGUCCUGGAGGCCACAGGUCUGAGUGGUGUUGAGUUUUGCAUACACCCUACCUGCAUCCCUCCCAGCACUGCUCAAGCAUCCCCCAUGCCCCAGCAGUCAGAUCGCUAUCUGUGACCUCCCGCGGUGGCUCUUUGCCCUCUUGGCUCCUGCCACCUUGUGGCAGCCUGUAGAAUCCAGGUCCAGUGUGUGGAAAGCCCUGUGACCCUCUUACCUCCGGGCUUUGGUGCUUAACACAAAACAGCUGCAGACACCCCACUGGAGCCCCCCAGGUUCCAGGUGCUAUCUCUGGUGGAAGCAGCCCCAGCCCCCAGCGGGCAGGGUGAGGAGGCCACAAGCAGCUCCCAGGCAGGGCUCUGUUCUGGAGGGGACCUUGUCCCUGCAUGCCCCACUUCAGGCCCACACUGGUUUGGUGGGGACAGCCUCAGCUCUUUGUUCUGUGCACUUCCUUGUCCACCCUGGGCUUUGUUGACCCUCCUGGGACUGGCUGGAGCUGGGCUCCUGCCUUUGUUGCUGCUAACACUGGAGGUAGGUGUUCCUGGCUGCAGUGAGCUGCUGACACCUCCCCGCCUGG